UUAUAAAAAAGUUUAUAAUUUAUAUUCAAGAACUUGACUGUGCUUAAGAGUUGUUAUACACAAAUUAGGUUGUAUCGAGUGAUAAUUUAUAAAUGUAAAAGAAACAAUAAGAUAAUAUGGAGUUGUUAAAUGAAAUUGAAUAUAAUCCUAUUAUUGAUAUAAAAAAAGAAGAAGAAAAUACAUUGCUUGACGAAAAUGUCCACAAAUCUUCAAUGAAAAAAUUUUAUAAUACAGUGUUUGCAACAAAAAUGAGAAAUCGAAGAAAUGAAGACAGGUUUGAAGAGUUAGAAUCUAAAGAAGAUUUUACAUCAUGUAAAUCGGCUUCUGUAGAUGCAACUUGUCAUUCCCCAAAAACUGUGCCUCAAUUAAAUUCUUCGAUAGAGGAUAAAAAUUGUAAAAAAAAGCUUCAAUGGAGGUUAGACAAAAUUGAAAAAAAAAGAAAAAAAUCUAAUAAAGAAGAAAACAUAGGGGUACUAAAAAAUGAAAAUAUUAGUGAGAUAAACAAUAGAAACGAAGAUGUUGAUACUAGAAUUUAUAACUCGGAAAAGGAGGAUAUAUUAAUGAAAGAUUUAGUUAGCGAAGAUCGAUUAAAAUCUACAUUAUGUAAGGAUGAGGUACAAAGGAGAAAAAGUGGGAGACAAGUUCCACCUAUGAUGUUUUUUGAUGACAAUUGGGAUUUUGAAACCAAGCCAGAUAAUGGAUCUAUUCCAGAAGAAAAGUUUAGUUGUAGAAGAACCGAAAAAUUUGUUGGCAAAUUGAAUACUAGAGAAGCUAGAAUUUUAAAUAUUGAAACAAUUUUGAAACAAGAAAAUGAACCAUACUGUCAGAAUAACAAUAACAAUAAUAACAGCAAUAAUAAUAAUAUUAAUCUUGAUGUUGACGAAAAAGAUUUAUUAGACCAAUAUGAUGAAAAUCACAUUUUCAAGAACAACAAAAUUAUAAAAAAGUAUGAUGACGCAGAUAUUAUAAAAAAUAGUAAAAGUGAACUGAGCAUUGAGAGUUGUAAUGAUUUAAAAGAUAAUGUUGAUAAGGAAGUCGAUAUUGAUAAAAGUAUAGUAGGUACUUUGAAAAAUACACAAAAGGAAGUGAUUGUUUUAGAAUCAAAUAGUAUAUUGCAAAAUGUUAUCGAAACCAAAGAAAAUAUUAAAGUCGAAUUACCAACUUGCAGGCGUAUAGUACCUUUUGUAAACAAAAAUCUACAAAAUGCAUCAUCUAGUAUAUCUAAAAAAUUGAUAGAAAUUGACUGCAUUAAGAGUGAUACAAAUAUUGAAUUCGAGUCAUCAAAAAAUAUAAAAAUAACAUCAGAUUUUUCUCAGAAAGAUGUAAAUGUACAACUCAUUUCUUCUGAAAUUUCAGAUACAAUAACUAAUUCUAACGAUGAUGUUGAUAUAAGAUUAAAUACUACAAUAAAUGCAGAAUCAAAUGUAAUUGAUUCAUUAAAAGAUGGAAGUAAAUUAAAUUGUUCUGUGCAAGAUAAUGAUAUAAAGAUAAAUUCUUGUAUUGAAACUGAACUUAAAGCAAAUUUUACCUGUUUACCUAAUAAUUUAAGUUUGAAGUUACAGAAUCCUUUGUGUAAUGAAGAUAAUGAAGAAAUGUUGUCCUGUCAAAGAAUACAACCAUAUUUGGGUAAAAAUUAUCCUAAUUGUAGUAGAACAUUAUCCUUUGUACAUUUAGUGAAUAAAGUAAAAUCUCAGGAUACACCUGAAACCAGCGCAAAGUUACCUAAUAAUUUAAAUUUAUUAAAUCAAAAAGUUCCAGAUCGAUUACAUUUAGAUGAUGAAUCAAAGAAAAUGUCAAACCAAAAUGAAGAUACAAACAUUCCAGAAAAGAUAGAAAAUGGAUUACUUAAUACUAUGACUAUUGAUACUGUUGAUCUUGGUAAUGGAAGUUCUAAUAAAUUAGUACAAAAUGGAGAAUGGAAGUUCAGAAGAAAACGACCCAGCAAUAGAUCUGAAAAUGCACAACAGGUGGUGGACGGAUGUCUUACAAAGUGUUCAAUAAAAAUAUCCUCGGACCCGCUUAAAAACAGCAAAUCCAGCAUUUUUCCUGCUUGUUCAGGAGGGACUAUUUGUUCGUUAUUUUCUUUAAAUUGUUUGAAACACGCACAUAGUAAUGUGCAUAAUAACGAAUAUUUGAAAUCUCAAAACGAAAUAAUAAAAGAUGUUUUUGUCGUACUCACUAAAUUGGAGUACAUCAAAGAUCCAUUAGUCCUCAAGUAUUUUAAGAAGAUUGACUUCGAUACAAAAGUUAAACACAAUUUACUUCCUUCUACAAAGAAUCAACUCGGCGGUGAUAAAAUAAAUACGAGUUUAAAUAGUUGGAGUUAUGGAUCUAGUAUAAACUUAAAUGAACAAACAGCCAAAGAUGAUUUAUCCAACUGUAAUGCACGUAAUAUGACCUCCAGUAUGAGCUAUAGUAAUGGACAACUAGGAAUCAUAACGAACGUUGAAGGCAAAGUUAAUCAAGAAAUGGACAAAAAUGCCGAUGAAUUUCCAACAGAAUUUAGAACCAGAUUGAGAAAAAGACCACUUAGUAGAAGCUUCGUAGAGUCGUUGAAUAUUUUUCACGGUAAAAGAAGAAAGCGUCGAGUGAAUUAUAUAGAAGACUACAGUGAUUCCGAGAUAAAUGAAUCAGGUUCAUCUAUCUUGAAGCAGCAAAGAAUGCACUUGCAGACUCGACGGCUGACGUUGCGGGAACGCCAAAAUUUCAAAAUCUACGGCAGCAAAGAGAUGGAUGAGAACGACAUGGAAGUAGAGGAAUUUACUCGCAUCGGUUUACAAAAUAGAACUCAGAGUAAAGGAGAUGAUAGCAGUAAUGUGGCCAAUUCGAGCAAUAGAUCAGAAAGCCACGCGAUCGAAGAUUCGGACACUUUCGAUCAUACUUCUCGAUCUCGGGUUACUAGCGUCUCGGAGAAUGUCGAGGGCAAACAAAGCGUUCAGCCAAUCCACAAAAUUUUCAGCUCAGACUCGUUGAAUAAAUUUGACGAACAAACUCUUAACGAACACUCUCAAAUUCGUAAUGACGAAAACAAGGAUAUAAAGGCAGAUGAGUUUUGUAUGAAUCGUAUACAACUUAGAUCACGUAGUCGGAUUUUAGCUGCUGGACAUCUUAAAAUCUUGCAACAAACCGAAUUGACGCAGAAGGAGGAGCAUAUUUCUGGCCACAAUGUACGAGCACCAAUUUUGAAUAUUGAUGUUAAGAACGAACGAAAUUCCUCGACGUUUAAAGUUUCGAACAAGAGCAACAGCAAGAAGUCCAAAGUAUCCAAAAUAGAUGAGUUUUCUGUUAAUAAAAGAAAUGCUUCAAGUAUUUUAUCUCGAAAUGAAAAAGAGAAUACACGUAUUAAUAGGCAUAAAUCGGUUGUAUCGUCAAGGUCGUCUAAACAGUCCAAAAUCAAUACAGUAGAAAAACUUAGCAAUUCUGAAUUGAAGUUCGAACCAUCGAGCAUUUAUAAGCGGACAAUCGAUGGCGGCAUUCCGCUUAGAAAUCCCAAGGUUGAACUGAUAAGAUUGGAAAUGAUUUGCGAAAGUUUUGAAGAUUAUUCAGCUAGUGAAAUAGAGUUGUUAACUGGAAAGUACAUUGAUAUGUUGAUGAAUUCAAAUUUUACCUGUGAUACUUGGCGUAAUUCCUUAAAUUACCAUCCACCCGAAGCGAUUGUUGAGAAGCACGUUGACCAAAUCGAUAAUUCUGAUUGCGUAUCUGAUAUUGAUUCGCAACAGGAAAGUGUAAAGUUGGUUACAAUGGUUGAAUCUGAAGAUAAUGUACAUACAGAAGAUAAUGUAGAUAAAGUAAAAGUAAAAUCUCCUGCAAAAUCUAAUACGAAACAAAUUGAAAGUACGUUUUCAUCGUUUACUACUUUGGAGUCUGCAAUAGCCACCCUCGUAGAUACUGAGCCUGGAGAACAACGGAAUUUCGGUGCUAUUAAUAUAUCGGAAGUUUUGAAUAGUCCAUCAAAUAGUGUAAACGAGAAGGAGAAAGAUCAGACAAUUGAGUUAAAUGAUCAAGCAGUUGAUAAUAACAAUCAGAGGCAAUUAAAUUUGUGUGAUAAGCAGCUGUCGGUGCACGAUGCAAUUUUGGUAAAUGGUACAACGAUGUACGGUUGUUCUGUUUGUAAUAGAAUAUUCGUCGCUGAGAAUUUAUUGAGACAACAUCAGUCAGCUAAUCAUAAAGAUAAUGAUGCAGCAGCCAGUUGUAUCGACUCUGCGCGUGCUAGUACGUCUAAGUCCAGUAUUAAGCAUAAAGCUCAAGCUUCUGGUCGUUCAUGUUCGAAAAAGGCGAUGCCAGAGAAGUGUAAGAGAAAGUUAAAGUUUUUAGAGAGCCUCAAAUGUACGAUAUGCUCUAUAACAUUCAAUUCUAAGGAAGAGCUUUUCGAUCACAUAAUGACGCACAAUGAACAAGAAUUGCAAGAGGCUUAUAAAGUGGCGAAAGCUAAAGCGAAGAAGCAACAAAGCGAGCGAUCUUCCAACAUGUCCGAGGAGUCGGAUAAAGCAACGCAACAGACGGCAGAAGAUUCGCACGAUAAAGAAAUACAGAAUAAAACGAGGAACAAGAGUACUGAUAGUAGUAAUCGAAGUAGCAGGUCGUCAGUGGAUGUCGAAGAUUUAAUUUUUGAAAAUCCAUUAAAUAAUACCCCGUGUACCAGAACUGGGCCAGUAGUAACGGUAGAUGCACAACAACAGUUGAUAGAAUUAGAAUGUAAUGAAACUCUUGUCGAUGAGAGCGAAAUAUCCAUGAGGAUACAGUGCUCUAAGACUGUAACGAUAUGCUCUUGUCAUGAACACGAAACGAUACCACAAGAUCUUCAAAUAGAGAUGGUGCUGUUGUGCAAGACUUGUAACGUUGUCUUCCGUCGUCGCGACUGCUUCGAGGUACAUUAUAGAAUGAACUUGGAGUGCCGUCGCCAACGUACCAACAACGAAGUGACAAAGAUACCGAAGCUUUUUUGCAGUGGAUGUCCUUGCGUGUUGGAUUCUCUUAUGGACAUGAGGAUGCAUUUGGAAAUGCACGCGAGAAAAAAUUGUCAGGGAACUGUUACUUUUAUCUGCAACAUUUGCAAAGUCGCAUUCUUCGGCGUUGGUGGAAUUUUUUAUUCACAUUGGUUCAACCAUACAAAGUCACCGAACUUUGUAGCCAGUCGAUACUCUUUUCCAAAACUAUCCGUUGUCUCGGUGGUGGAAGAUUCGAAUUUCGCCAUAACGACAAGUAAGAGCCAGGAGGGAUUUUUCUACAUUGCUGAGCAUGUUUGUAGACAAUGCAGGCUGCCAUUCAGUUCGGAGCCUGAACUUUUAAAGCAUAAGACCCGUCCUUGCCAAUCGCAGCAAUCGACUCCACGUACCGAUGGUCCGGACAGUAAUCGUCUGCAGAUGAUAAAACUCAUUUGUGAUCUGUGCAAAAAGUACUACGUUAGCAAAGAGAACUUUGAUAGACAUUGCAGCGAACGAAAUCAUCUCAAAACUCCAAUAACGAAAUUUUCUCGUCUGCCCAUCAAUGCCAACGAACAGGCCUUUGUUUGUAGUCUAUGUCGUGCCGUUAGCAAAUCUCUCGACGAUUUGAAAGAGCACUGGAAACGCAUUCACAGUCCUAUAAUGGAGCUUUAUACCUGCAAAACUUGUAACGUUGUGCCCUCGAACGAUGUUACGAAUUAUACUUACGACAAGUUCGAAAGACAUUGCCGUAUUGUUCACAAGAGUGAGGUCAUUACGUGUCUUGUAUAUUUUGUUACUGCGAGGUACGUUUGUAAUAUCUGUAGGUUUGGUUUCGAAACGGAAAAGUCGAUGAAGGAGCAUCAGGUCGUACAUCAAAAGAGAUCAUCUCAAAAUAAAAGCGCUAAUACAUCGUUGGCAGGAUUGCCAAUCGAACAGCAAAUGACGACCAUGUGGGUAGCUGACAAACAUGUGGCCUCUGACGGUGGUAGGAAAGUGCAUCCUGUAUAUGUGCAUUAUCCAGGUGUUAAUAACAAACGAGUUGUUCCAAUAUUACCAGCGCCACCGAAGAACCAAAGUCAGCAGUCGUUGCAGCCUUGUAAUUCAAGCACCGCUAGCGAUAAUCCAACGAGCUCGUCGCCGAGCAUCGCCUCCAGCAGUACGAAUACUUCACUCGCCCGUGGCUCCAACUCCAUGUUGCGCAAUAUGCUCGCCCAGAGGGCGCUUGAUCAGCCACAGCCUCCCGAGCAAAACUGUACCACGAAUUCGAGCGUCGAAACGAUACUCAUCGAUUCGCGAUCCAACAGUCCCUCGUCCGAUUCCCCCGCGCCUAUUGCGAGGGAUAAAUCCGGUACGAGUGGCAACGAUGCUGUAAUCGCAUCAAAAAAAUCGUAUAUGACAAUGGUGAAUCCGAACUUCGAGUCGCUGUUAGGUACAAACAGCUCUUUACAGACAAUUAAUAAUAACAACGACGGUACUCUUCUUGACAAAGAUAACUCCGGUGGCACCGCGACACCCGUUAGUAUGGACUCCUUGACUCCACAGCCGUUCGAGGUGGUACUCGUAACUGACGAUCUAAGCGAAAACUCCAAUUCCGAAUCACUGAUUGUAAAUGAUAGGAACAGAAUUUCUUCGGCGGAUAAAGGUUUGGAUAUAGUAAAAUCCAACACUAACCAGCAGAAGCAACAGACAACCGAGAAGAACGAGGUUUCUUCGGCAAAAUCUUCCAAGUUUCUACGUGUGCGUUCGAUAGCUGAAUUGCAGCAUAUGAAAAUUCAUUUGUGCUCCACAUGUGGUUUGAGUUUCGAUACGCCACAUGCUUUUGAUCAGCAUUCGCGCCAGCAUGAAAUAAUCGGCGAAGCUAAUCGAAUGACGCCAGUGCAGAUGAUCUCUCCAAUGCUUGCACAGAAUAACAAAGAGCUAAAUGAUUCUCAAAAUAUGUUAAUUUCACAGGCCAGUCAUAAACUGGCUUUAUUGACACCUAGUGGCCAACCUAUGAGUGCACGUGCAUAUAGAGACAGUAUGUAUAACAAAUCCAAUGCCUCGGCUCUUUCCAAUCAAUUGUAUCAACCACUGCAACAACAGCAAUAUCAACAAUAUAAACAGCAGCAUCAUCCCUCUUACUGGUUUGCAUCUUGCAACGAUACGUAUAAUGCUAACCAACCAAACUUGCAAUAUAACGCAUAUAGUCGCCAUAAUCAGCAACUACACCAUCAGCAAUCACACCAUCACGCACCACAGCAUCAGUUAUCGCACCAUCAACCGCUGCACAAUCAGCCGCCGCACCACCAGCCGUCGCACCAUCAGCCACCACACCAUCAGUCACAUCAUCAGCCACAACACCAUCAGCAACAACACCAUCAGCCACAACAUCAUCAGCAGCAACACCAUCAGCAGUCACAAAGUGAAAAGUCAGCACAUCAAUCAAGUGUCUUACGACGACCGGUUAACUUGAAUAAUGCAAAUGGUACAUACGUGUCCCGAGGUCCACCACCCGCAUAUCCUAGUACCUCCAAUUCAAUGACGCCUAGUCGAUCAAGCUCGAUACAGUUGCCGGAGAGAAACACGACAGGUAGCUCGGUCCCGACGCCGAAGCGACCUUCGGGUGCUGCUACGAGGAUACCACAGCAGAGUUUGCCAAAUUUCGGAAAUGGCUCGGAACAUCGACAGACCGCCCCCCGAAUCCCGUACAAUCUGAACGAGGAUGUAAACAACUCUAGAAUACCGCCAAAUCAUCAAGCGAUCAGACAUUCACAACACAGCCAGUACAAGAAUUACAGUCGAAAUUCCAGCGAAAUGAGCUACAGUGGGGGGAGCAUUAUCGCAAAUCCAAAUUAUCAUCAUUCUCAACAGCAAUCAUCAAAGGUUAUGUAUACCUGUAAGCUCAAGGGUUGUCCAUUUCGAUCCGAUAAUAUCUCAGCACUCCGUGCCCACGAGAAGAACCACAUAAAUCAGCAACUCUCCGCCAUAUCGAGCAAUUUACUGCAGCAACAGCAACAGCAACAGCAACGUCUUCCUAUAAAACAUGUACCGGUUAGUCAGAUGCCCGAGAGGACGCGUCAUGCGAUACCUACCAGUCGACCGCCAGUGCACUCCAGCUUAGACAAACGGUACAUCUGCCGUGUCUGCAAUAUUUGUUGUACCUCGAGCACCGAGCUGAUCGAUCAUAUGGCGCAAUGUCAUAAUACACCGAGUAGCCAACUUUGCUGCUACAUUUGCGAUUACUGCCCAACACCAUUAAUUUUUGACUCGGAAGAUUUACUGCGCAAGCACAUGCAUUCAAAUCACAAUCACUUCUGUGAGCUUUGCAACAAAAGGUAUCCCUCGAAGGAGGACCUGAUAAUACACAUGGAGGUGCACGCGAGGGCUACCUGAUACAUGAGCAGCGAAGAAAGCUUUUAGUAAAAAUCGUCAGGACGUUCCAGGAAAAUCUAAAAGCAAGAAUAAUAGCAAGGAAAAAACCAAGCGUGUUGUGGUUUUUAAAUGUAUAAGAGCCUACAUACUUAUUGACUUCAUUAUCGCACCGAAUCCACCCUUUCUCGUUUUGCGAGUUACAAAAAUUUAUGAAUUUUUAUUCGCAUUAUUACUGCGAUGAGUAAUAGUUUGUUGAUUGACGAAUCAAAGGGUAAAUUGUGAUUCUGUUUCAUUUGAAAGAGUUAAAUUUACUUCAACGAAAUACCUCUAUAUAUUUUAAGUUCACGA